GAAGUGACGUUAACUUGUACGCCCGGGAGCUGCUUGACAGGAGACGAUGGCCAAGGUCACUUUUAAGGUCACGCUCACUUCGGACCCGCGACUGCCUUAUAAAGUGUUAAGCGUGCCUGAAAAUACACCUUUCACAGCUGUCUUGAAGUUUGCGGCAGAAGAAUUCAAAGUUCCUGCAGCAACAAGUGCCAUUAUAACAAAUGAUGGAAUAGGAAUAAAUCCUGCACAGACAGCUGGAAAUGUUUUCCUGAAACAUGGUUCAGAAUUACGACUUAUUCCCAGAGAUCGUGUUGGGAGAUGUUGGCCUGGGCUUCCAAGGAAAGAAUAUAAAUAGCAGACAACUUGAUCAGUAAGCAUCUCCAACAGUGACAAAUUAGCCUCCUUUGCCAUAAUGCAGAGUAUCUUGCAAUUUAUAUCUCCCUGCAAAAUCAUUAUGCAGCAGCAGUUUGCCUGCUAAGAAGAAUGGCCUUGGAAGUUGAAUGGGUUUGUCUUGUCUUUCUCAUCUGUUGGAAGUUUACGGAAAUAUCAAGCUGUACUUGCUGCAUCAUCUUCCUAGGUAGGGAAGACUUCUAAAUGGGAGCCUCUCUUUGAAAUCUGAAUACAACUACUCCACUCCAGUGAUUCCUUCCAAGUGUGGAGGCUCCAGAGCAAUUACAAAGCUCUGUUUGCUAAGGCUUCCCUAUUCACUUAAAUGGAACAAACACGCUGUUCUGUGUGACCUUGCGCUAAGGUUUCUUCUCCACUGAAGUGAACAGGAAAAGUCUGCCUAUUUUGUGAUCUUUCCAUUUGCACAGGAGCACAAGAAUAGUCGUUUAGCUUGCAGAAUUUAAUCUUGAGCCAUCAGAAUAUCUUUAAGAACAUCUUCAGUUUGAUAGGCUUUAUGGAAAACAAGUACAUCAUUGUAUAAAUAGAAAAGCAUAGAAGUACACUGAAUUUCAAGAGCUCUGGCAUUCAUAGCAUCUAUCCCCACAGUGUCUGAUAUCUUUCAGUUAAAUUCUUUGGACUUACGCCUCUACCAAAAGUUCUGUACUACAUUCCAGCAACAACAAAAUCAUUCAAAGACUGCUAUUCUGUGAGGAGAAACAGCGCUUCUAAAAUGUGUUUAUAGUUAUUACAUCAGUGGUGGACUUCCCUCCAUAGAAAUCACUGGCUUGUUUAUUCGGAAUGUCACACUAUAGUUUCAAGACUGCCUGUUACCAUGAAAUGCAUUGCAUUUUACACUGGCUGGCUAAUAAAUUUUUCUGCACAUGA